AUGAGCCCGCUCUCCUUCCUCCGGAGUGUUUACACUCUCGACACUCUCGACACUCGCUUCACGACAUCGACUACAACCUCGUACAAGACAGUCAUCGACUCGCGCGGUGAAGAGGGUAUAAGGGAUGCGCAAAAGGAAAAGAUUGCCAGCAGGGCAGCACCUUCAAAAUGGAACACACCAGAGUUCUACCUGUACCUGGCCGUCGUGUUUACUUGCAUACCGUUGAUGAUCUGGAUCCCAUAUACUGUGUCAAGACCCUCUGACCCGCGGUGGGAGAGAUAUCAACACAGGCUGACAGAUGGCUGGGUUCCGGGGCGAAAGAUCGACAACACGGAUUCCCAGUACCGCAGCUUCCGACAAAAUGUCCCGUACUUGGCCCUCCUCCUUGUAUUCCAUCCGUUGUGUAGAAGGGUAUGGAACAAGUUCAAGCCCCUUCCGCCUCAGAGCAAGACGCCCCUCGCCGACCAGGCCGAAGCCCGGCUGGAGCAGCGCGCCUCCUUCGACUACACCUUUGCCAUGAUAUUUCUCGCUGCGCUGCACGGCUUCUCCAUGUUUAAGGUGAUCGCGAUCCUUUGGAUAAACUACAACAUCGCAACAGGCCUGCCGAGGAAAUUCAUCCCAGUCGCAUCAUGGGUUUUCAACAUUGCGACGCUAUUUGCGAACGAGUUAUGCCAGGGCUACCACUACAGGGACAUAGCGGCGGUGAUCUCGGGCACUUCUCCCAUGUUGCUCCGGACAGUGCCCGUGCACAACGGCCUCGUGGAUUGGGGUAUGUGGCUGGACAGCUACGGCGGGAUCAUGGGGCGCUGGGAGGUUUUGUUCAACAUCACCGUCCUGAGGCUGAUCAGCUUCAAUCUGGAUUACUACUGGAGCCUGGAUUACCGGGGCGCAAGCCCUAUCGAGAAGAAACAACUCGACCCAUCCGCUCUCUCGGAGCGAGAUCGCGUGACCAUACCCGCUUCGGCUCGAGACUACACCUUCCGCAACUACCUCGCCUACGCGCUCUACGCACCACUGUACCUCACGGGGCCCAUUCUCACCUUCAAUGACUACAUAUCACAGCUCCGUUACCGCCCACACAGCAUCGAGACCAACCGCACCGUGCGAUACGCCGUGCGCUUCCUGCUCUGCCUGCUGUGCAUGGAGCUCACCCUGCACUUCGUCUACGUCGGCGCCAUCUCCAGCUCCCUGCCGGUUUGGGACUCUUACACGCCCGCACAGCUCUCGCUGCUCAGCUUCCAGAACCUCAUCAUCAUCUGGCUUAAGCUGCUGCUGCCCUGGCGGUUCUUCCGGCUCUGGAGCCUGACGGACGGCAUCGACCCGCCUGAGAACAUGGUGCGCUGCGUCAGCGACAACUUCUCCACUUUGUCCUUCUGGCGCGGGUGGCACCGCUCCUACAACAAGUGGCUCAUCCGCUACAUCUGGAUCCCCCUGGGCGGUGCGUCGUUUGCCACGCUCUACUCGUCCCUGCGGUCCAUCGCCGGCUACCUGGUCAUCUUCACCUUCGUCGCGCUCUGGCACGACAUCAAGCUGCGCCUGCUGAUAUGGGCCUGGCUCAUCGUCCUGUUCAUCCCCGAAGCCGUGGCCAGGAUGGUCGUCACAAAGAAGUUGGUCGGCAGCGAGACACGGUACAGGAUGGUGUGCUGCCCUGGGGGCGGUGGCGAACGUGCUGAUGAUGAUGGCGGCGAACCUUGUAUACUAUUUCUCAUCACUGCAUGUACGGCGAUCUUCAUGGGUAUCCAGGUCAUGUUUGAAAUCAGGGAGAGCGAGGCAAGGAAGGGCAUUUCCUUGAAGUGUUAG